CCUUUUUGCUGCUGGUCCUUACUGGGUACACGUGCUUCCGUUUAGACUGCAGCGAUGGCAGCUCCAGCUAUAGAAGAGGUGCUAGCCCGGGUGGAGAAAGAUGAGGCUGCGAAGUUGAAAAACAUUACCGUGCACAAGGAGCUUGAGCUGGAGUUUGAUCUCGGCAAUCUGCUGGCGUUUGACCCGAACCCCCUUAACACCAGAUCAUAUCACCAUGAGAAAAGGGCAGAAUUUCUGUGCUCGCUGGCCCGCGACAACACGCAGCUCCUCAUUAACCAGCUCUGGACGCUGCCCACUGAAAGGGUGACGGAGACGAUUGUGGCCAAACUGCCAGAGCCCACUACCCGGCUGCCUAGGGAGAAACCCGUCCCAAAGCCUAGACCCCCCACACGCUGGGAGGAAUUUGCCAAGCUGAAAGGCAUCCAGAAGAAGAAAAAAACUAACCUUGUCUGGGAUGAUGUGCACAAGGAAUGGAGGCGGCGAUGGGGCUACAAGAGAGCGAAGGACGAUACCAAAGAGUGGCUAAUUGAGGUGCCAGUGACUGCAGAUCCUAACGAGGAUCAGUUUGCUAAGCGUCAGACAGCUAAGAAAGAGAGAGUGGCCAAAAACGAGCUGAACAGGUUAAGGAAUAUCGCCCGUUCAGAGAAGGGGAAAGUGCCUGGUAUAGGACUUACACCCACAAGUCAGCCAUCCAAACAAGAGCUCGGCAAGGCCAUGCAUGUGGCUAAACUAUCUACAGCCUCGAUGGGUAGGUUCCAGGACCGUCUGCCAAAGGAAAAAGAGCCCAAAAAUAUGGGCAAGAAGAGGAAGUUUCAGCCGUUAAUAGGAGACUUCACGGCUGAGAAGAAUAAGCAGCUUGAAAUCUUAAAGAUCAUGGACAGUAAGAAACCAUCUCUGGAUGUAAACAAAGCUGUCAACCGACAGAUGAGGGAAGAGGAUGCAGAGGCUGCUGCUAAGAGGAGAAAGAUGCCAAAGAAAGGUGGAAGAGGGGGAAAGAAUCAAGGUGGUAAAAAAGGCAAAGGACCAGCAAGGGCGAAGGGUGGAAAGGGUAAAGGAUUUGCUGGAAAAAGGAAAUGAGUUACCAACAUACAGCUGUAUAAUGACUGAAGUCUGUUUUUAACACAAUGGACUAUCUAUUUGGCUGCUACUGAGUAUCAGAAAAUAUCUGCUUCUUUCUUCACAGCAGCAGAAACGGGGGAACUUCAUAAAAUAAUUUUGCAUAGAAGUACUGGAAGAUUAUGCAUAUUGCUACUGUUAUUGUAUUGACAUUUCUCCAGGAGUGCUCUCUGAAAUUAUAAGAGCCUUGUGUUGUAUAUCAUGUUAAGUGUCAGUAAAAAUGUGAACACCUUUUUAAAUAAUGUAUACUUGUUUAAAUUCUGCAUAUUUUUAUAUUGCAAGGGUAUUGAGUAACAUUUGGAAAAUAUCAUUUGAAAAAUAAAGACACUUACAACA